AUGCCUCGACUCUUGCUAUCACACAUCCUCAGUCUCGGUCGCGGUCUCGACAGGCCCAAAUCUUCCUCCAUUCACGGAGAGGUAAAGGCCUCCUCCGCGACUCGACUUCCAUCACCAGACCCAACACUGACAAAGCCUCCACGCGUUCCCGUCAGACACGAGGCCCUUGGCAAUCGAAACAGAAGCGUUCCAAUUGCAGUUCCAGUUCCAGAUCCAGUUCCGGCGAUUCGAGGCUGUGCUGUGCCUGGCUUAGAUCAAGAGUCAAGAGUCAAGAGUCGGGAAUUAAGAGUUGAGACGCUCAUCCAUUCGCCUUGGCCGAAAGAAAAGAAAAGCCGGGGAUGCCGCCAAGGGACGAAUUACGACGACGGGGUGAUUGCAGAAAUCGAGAAGGAAGCGAGCUACGAAGUAGCAAGAAAGCCAAAGCCAAAUUUAGAAAUCUACGGUACGGACCCAGAAAAAGGCCCAGAAAAAGUCCGAGACGCAUGCCAGAGGCCCAGAGCCGAAAACGUCGACGUAGACACCACGCAUAAGCUGCCAGGGCUGUGUAGCGACGACGACCAGAGAAGCCACUUACAAGCUCUCUUUCCGCCAGAGUCCGUUGCGUCCGACGUCGCAGACAACGACGACGACGACGACGACGACGAACACAAAAACAUCAACAACACCGACUCCCGCUCCCGCUCCCCUCUCGCUCCAACUGUAGCUCCAACUCCGACCCCAACUCCGGCAACAACAACACCACCAACACAUAUGAAGGCCAUGAAGAGAGUGGGCAUAAACCGGGUGUUGGGCUCCAUCCGGCGGAAGACUUCGGCCGAUACGUCCCCCGAAACAGCCCUCGACACGCCCGAAGCCAACGCGAUACGGAAUGCGCGACUAUUCUGCGAAUCCGGCGGUCCCAAAGGCUCGGCCGAGGAAGUACUCUACCUACCCAUGAUCGUCGAGGCCUGCGAGUCUUCCCCCUCGGCCGCGCAAGAGGCCUCCCUCGUAAUCCGCAAGUUCCUGUCAAAAGACAACUUCACAAAGCCCUACGUGCAAUACAACGCUAUCAUCCUGAUCCGCAUCCUGGCCGAUAACCCGGGCAGAACGUUUACCCGGAACAUUGAUGCCAAGUUCGUGGCGACGCUUGAGGAUCUGUUGCAGGUGGGCAGGAAUCCAAGCGUCAAGCAGCUCUUGAUGGAGACGCUGGAAACAUUUGGACGCGAGAAGAGCCAUGAUGAAGGGUUGGCUUUGCUGGGCGAGAUGUGGAAGAGGGAGCGCGAGAGGAUAGCUAAGGAGCACGUUGGUUCCCCUAUACCAAACGUCAUGAGAAGGGUCAAUGAGCUGACAAGUAAUCAGGGCCCGCCGGAACCACGAACCCCCAACGUGCCACCUCCCGGCCAGCAGCAACAGCAGAGUCAACAAAGCUAUUUCUCCCGCAGCCACAGCUCGCGCCAGCUGCCCACCCCUCACGAACUCUCCUCGCGCAUCGAGGAAGCGCGUACCUCUGCCGACCUCCUCUCGCAAGUCGUGCAGUCGACACCCCCCUCCGAAAUUCUGCACCAUGAACUCGUCCGUGAAUUCGCAGACCGGUGCCAGAGCGCCAGCAGGAGCAUACAAGCCUACAUGAUUGCCGAGAACCCCAGCCCGGACAAUGACACUAUGGAACAGCUGAUCGAGACCAACGAGCAGCUCAACAGAGCCAUGAACCAGCACCAGCGCGCCCUCUUGAGCGCACGCAAAGCAGCAAGCCAGGGGGCUAACGGCGCGUCCACACCACCCGCCGCUGACCUCCACGGCGCUUUCGCUCCCCCGGCCGGUCCACCACCAGGCCGCACGAUCUCAAGGACCAACUCCACACUCGCGCGCAAGCCGGUGAAGACAAACUCGCAGCGUUCAGUCGCUCAAGUGCCCGCCGGCCCCGAGGCCGAGAAAUCCUCCUCGGCGUGGAAAACCGCGAACCCGCCUUUUCCCAGGGAUGAGCCUAGUGCGGCGACGGGCCAAUUCAACGACCGAAUGGGCGUCGAGCCGUAUCACCCGGGCUUCAGCUCGACGCCGAGUUUUACGGGGAGGCCACAAAGCUCGAUGGGCAAGGUGAUGAUACAUACUGCUGCGGUGCCGGAGCGGGAUGAGCCGGAUAGCGAUGAUGAUGAUGAUGGUCGGAAGGAGACGGUUACGACGACUGCUCCGACUAUUCCGGCGAAGGAACCCGUUUAUCGGUUUUAA